AUGGACUCCUCUUCCGCCGCCGAUAAAUCCCUCCCGACCGAGGUGAAGGAAUCACUCAAUCGUGAGAUCUCCAAGAACGUCAGUUCAAACACCACAGAAGCAUCUCCUUCGGACCCACCAGCAUCUACAAAGAAAAAGGAAAAGGCGCCCAAACAACCGAAGCCACCCAAAGCAGCGCCCCCGGCGGCCCCUCUGACUCCUGCACUCAUCGAUCUUAGAGUCGGCCACAUUCUGCGCGCAAUCCAGCAUCCCAAUGCGGACAGCCUGUACGUGUCCACCAUCGCGCUGGGCGACCCGGAAGGCACCGAGCACACACAAAUCGACGAGGCCACCGGCAAGGUCGUGAGGACAGUAUGUUCAGGAUUGAACGGACUGGUCCCGCUAGAAGAGAUGCAAGACCGCAAGGUCAUUGUUGUCGCCAACCUCAAACCCGUCAACAUGCGCAGCAUCAAGUCCGCGGCCAUGGUUCUCGCAGCCUCGCCUCCGGCUGAGGAAGGCGCCGACCCGCACGCUGCCGACCGAGUCGUCGAGCUUGUCACCCCUCCUGAAGGUGCUGAAGCAGGUGACCCGGUUUUCUUCGAGGGCUGGCCGUACGGCGCAGGACGUGGCCCCGAGAAACAGCUCAACCCGAAGAAGAAGCAAUGGGAGGCAAUCCAGCCUGGGUUCUACACCACGGAGGAGCGUGUGGUCGCUUUCGACGCCGCGAAGACCGAGGUUGGGGGCGAGGAAAAGGGUGAUCUGAUCGUUGCCGGCAAGGGCAGGUGUACAGUCAAGACUCUUACAGGGGCGGUAGUUAGGUAG